UGCCUUUCAACAUCUGUCUGCUCAUGUUUGAGUAGUGAGGCGUGGGAUGUCCCUGGUGCAAGUGUCAAGAUGGAUCUAUUUUGUGUUUUUACUGGCUGUUGCCAAACUGUUUUAUGAUAAAUUGUUUCCAUAUGGCAUUUGAUGAAUGCACUCAUAGUCACAUCUUUUUGUUUUAAGAAUAUAUUGUUCACUGAAUUGUAAUGAAUGUACUCACAUGGCUUUAUGCUUACAUUUGUUGUUUUUGGUCCCCUCUUUGGAUGGUAUACUGUAUGCCACAUCUUACAGAAUGUAUCCCAUAGUUUACAUACAACAAGUCGUGUAAUUACGGCUACGUUCGUUUGUUUCCGUACAGCUGGUGCACGUACUGCAAGCUGCACAGUGGACACAAGUUUCGCUGGUCUGACUAUCGAUGUAGUUCGAUAUCUUCUCUACGAACAUGGCAGGGAACUUAGGUUUGUGAUAAUUUAAGAAGCAAACGAAAAAAGGAAAAUAGCUUUUAUGAGGACUAAAUUAGCCUUUGAACAAGUUUAAACAGUUACCCAAUCAAGGAUAUUUUACGACCUUUCCACCAGGAACACUUGGAAGAUUCUCAAUACGACGUGCUCAGAGUCACUGAAGUGCCUGCCCUGCACCUGUCAUUCCUAGACCGUACCAGUGUAAAUCAGAACCCUACUUUGGUUCAGCUCUUACCUGCAAGUCUCGGGUCUUUCCAAAGAGCAUGUUGCCAAUGCCGUCUCUCUGCUCCAUUGUCUGGUUACACCGAGGGAUCAAGCUAAAGAAAGUGCUUUAUUUCUCAAACACAGGCCAGGUCUGAGUUUCAACCAUUCACACCAACAGUUCAGUCAUGCUUCUUAGUUUUAGUUGAAAAUUCCUGAAUAGUGUUGCCAUCACAAUUAACAUCCUCAACACUCUGGCACUUCACUGCCCUGGUCAGUGUGUAUCAUAGUUGGAAAUCUUUGCACAUGGCUGUAGAGGGCUUCCAAUUCAUAGCAAUUUAUGUCUAUAACAAAGACUGGGACGAGGACCUUGACCUCCAGCCAGGGGACAUACUGACCGUCAGCAAGACGUCACUGACAUCUCUUGGGCUCAAGGAUGGGGACGAGGAGCACCCGGAUUGCCUGGGAUGGAUGGUGGGAGUCAACAAGCGCACUAAGCAGAGGGGAGACUUCCCUGGGACAUAUGUCCAGUAUGUGGGGCCUGUGAAGAUGUAUGUGGUGCCCAACCAGCCUCUGCAGCAGAGACCCCUCCCAGCAGCCCCCAGGCCUCAGCCUCCCCCAGCACAUCAAGGGACUUCAGCUCAAGAGUUUGUCCAGCCUUUUCCACCCCCAGAAAAUGCCCUCCCCACUUUGGUGAAGUUGAUAGAGGCCAUUGAGAAAAAAGGUUUGGAUUGCGAGACGCUGUACAGGAAGUCUGGCUCCUUGGCUGCUGGCGGUCAAAGACAGAGCCUGAAUUUUGAGCUCUCGGAGCCUGAGAUGGGCCAGUACGACGUCCAGGCGCUCUCAGAGGCCCUGAUGGGAUUCCUGCAGGACUUGCCCUCCCCCAUCAUCCCAGAGUGUGUCUAUCCCAGCCUGAAGAUUGCCCUGCAAGAGGAAGCAGAGCUGUCUGUCGAGGAGACAGGCAAGCGUUUGCUGAAGGCACUGGAGCCCCCAGCCGUGCCCCUGCCAGGCCUGCUCACCCUGCAGUACCUGCUCAGACACUUGGACCGAGUGGGCCAGAGCUCGCCCCACAAUGGCCUGGACCCUCACACCCUCGCACUCCUCUUCAGCCCUCUGCUGCUCCCCGCUGGGUCAGAAGAAGAUUGUCAGGUUUCUGCCCAGGUGCUGGAGAGACUGCUGGUGGUGAGGGCCUGGGAGCUGGAAGAAAUGCCACCAGCUCUACCUCCCAAACCUUCCAAAACCAAAGCCAUGGCAUCCUCUGUGAUCAAUGGAGACGGCAGCAAGAUGGCCGAUGCAGAGUGGUACUGGGGAGACAUUUCCAGAGAGGAGGUGAAUGAGAAGAUGAGAGACAUGCCGGAUGGGACUUUCUUGGUCCGAGACGCCUCAAGCAAGGUGCAAGGAGAAUACACAUUGACUCUCAGAAAAGGAGGAAACAACAAGCUGAUCAAGAUCUUCCACCGAGGCGGCAGGUACGGCUUCUCUGAGCCGCUGACUUUUUCCUCUGUGGUGGAGCUCAUCCUGCAUUAUCACCAGGAGUCGCUGGCCCAGUACAACCCCAAGCUGGACUCACGGCUACUGUACCCCAUCUCCAAAUAUCAGCAGGACCAGGUGGUGAAAGAGGACAACGUGGAAGCAGUAGGAGAGCAACUGAAGGUGUACCAUGAACAGUACCAGGAGAAGAGCCGGGAAUAUGACGUCUUGUAUGAAGAGUACACUCGCACCUCUCAGGAGUUACAGAUGAAGCACACGGCCAUCGAGGCCUUCACCGAGACCAUCAAUAUCUUUGAGGAGCAGUGCGAGACCCAAGAGCGCUACAGCAAAGAGUACAUUGACAAGUUCCACAGGGAGGGCAACAGCCAAGAGAUUGAGAGAAUCCAAAGUAAUUCAGAUAAGCUGAAGUCUCGUGUGACUGAGAUCCAUGACAGCAAACGGAAGCUGGAGCAGGACCUGAAGGAGCAGGCGACGGACAACCGAGAGAUCGACAAGAAGAUGAACAGUCUGAAACCAGACCUAAUGCAGCUGAGGAAGAUCAGAGACCAGUACCUGGUGUGGCUCAAUCAGAAGGGCACCAGACAGAAGAAGAUUAACGAGUGGCUUGGGAUCAAGAACGACGUGGAAGACCUAUAUUCUCUGGUGGAUGAGAUGGAUGACCUGCCACACCAUGACGAGCGCACCUGGUACGUGGGCGACAUCAAGCGAGGCCAGGCCGAAGAGCUGCUAAGGGGCAGGGGUGACGGCACCUUCCUGAUCCGAGACAGCCAGUCCCAGAAGGGCUCCUAUGCCUGCUCUGUAGUCGUGGACGGGGACGUCAAGCACUGUGUGAUAUUCAAGACCUCCACGGGCUACGGUUUCGCCGAGCCUUACAACCUGUACAGCUCCCUGAGAGAGCUGAUUCUCCACUACAGACACACUUCCCUGGUCCAGCACAACGACUCGCUGAAUGUAACUCUGGCAAUUCCUGUCCUAACCCAGCAGCAACCCAGAUGAGAUGCACCGUCACCCGGACACGGCCUGGCACAGAGCAAAAACACACACACAACUGAGACCACACACCCUCACUUUUCCCAACAAAAAAGCAAACAACUUUCUGAGCGUUGGGUUUGAUAGGAGUGGAAGUGGCAGAUAUAAUGACUGACUGGGUUUUGACUUUAAAGAGACCCUGUAAAUGUUAUAUUUUUGUUAAAUCUUUACAACACUACACAGUUUUAGGAUAAAAAUAUUUUUACUAUUUUAAAGUAACUGCUGUAGAUUCCAUUUUCCCUUUCAAUGGAGGGAAUUUUCUAAAUCGACUUGUUAAGGGUGCCAUUUUGGGGGGGUAGAAACUUUUUUCAACAGUUAAAGAGGCGUAAGGGUUGGACAUGGAGAACAAAAAUACCUAACAGACUUUCUGUUUUCAUCAAGCGUUGCUGACAUGGCUGGAUGGUUGGGAGAUGUGGUAAAAGGCUUAACUUGUAGUGUUUUGUUGCAAGUUCAUAUUAAUACACAUGUUCUCCCACAGCGCUAUGGGACGCACACAAAGAAAGCAUUCUCCUUUCUGUGGACUCAUUGCUAUGUGCCCUGUCACAUAAAGCAGAACAUGUCUAGAAGACUAAAUUCAGUACCAAUGUGUUAAUCAAAAAGAUGAAUUUGUCUUUUCCUGAAAGCUUUUUUUUUUGUUGCAAUCUAUGUAAGACUGUUUAAAAUAGUUUGAGGUUGAUGAUAUUAGAUGCUGGCAUGGCCCCUGGUGUAGCUUGAGGACACUGAUUGCUGUGACAGACAUGUAAUGUGAACUGGAGUUGCAGUCCUUGAUGGUGGAACACUUGGUGGUGAAUGUGCCUUCUCUUCUAAUCCUCGGUCUUCCAUUCUCUCUCUGUUGAUCAGAGUCCGUGUGGAUGCCUUGCACCAAUCAGAUGCCAAGUGUUUUGUACAGCACUGUGUAUGAAACUAGAAAUCUGAAAUAGACCUGGCUAUUGAUUGCCUUGGAACAGGGAUGGGUAACUCCCUCAGACUUUUACCUGGGACUACUGCCACUGACUGCUCAGAGUGCACACAUCUGGUUUCCCAGGUUAGGGUCAGGGCUCAGUGCACACAUCUGGUUUCCCUGGUUAGGGUCAGAGCUCAGUGCACACAUUUGGUUUCCCAGGUCUCAAUCAGUUGCUGACUUGAAUGAAUGAAAGCCAGCAGACACUCUUGAGGACUGAAGUUGCCCACCCCUACAUUACUGUGUGUAUGAUGGCGGUGUUGGAUUUGUGCAUGGUGGAAAUGGAUUUCCAUUCAUAUGUUAUAGUUGUGGAUAGAUGGUAGAUCUUAUGGGGGUUGUGUACCAGAAAUAAGAAGCAUGGUCUUUUCACUACAUUUUGACAUUGGGUAUGCGUAUGCAUCACAUUGGGUAUGCAGUGUGCAUCACAUUGGGUAUGCAGUAUGCAUCACAUUGGGUAUGCAGUAUGCAUCACAUUGGGUAUGCAGUAUGCAUCACAUUGGGUAUGCAGUAUGCAUCACAUUGGGUAUGCAGUAUGCAGCCUCUCAUUAAGGUAAUAGUAGCCUAAUUCCACAAUUUACUUAAUCAGACUUUACCUGCCACACUUUGUGAAUGAGCUUCUUUCCCAGGAAACAAGUUGUACUGUAAUGCUAACAUAUACACAUGAUAUUCUAGGUAGACUUGAAACACUACUUUGACAAACUGAUUAGUACUAUGCAGCGAGUUAGACAUACAACUUCACGAUGCCUCAUCAACAUUGAUUUUGAUUCAAGACAAAUCACUGAAUGAGUGAUAACCUUUACACUUGUCAUGUAUUAAUCAGACGUUGGUGCAUUUUAUUGCUCACUUUUAGGAGUGGUUAGAUUGCCGUUCAUGUUGGGAUUGGUGUAAAUCAACCUUUUAUCACUGACAACAAUGUUGAUGUUAAUCUGGUUAACCUGUUCUUAUGUUUGUCUGGUAGUUAGGUGAAAAGUGUCUCCUUGGAGAGCGAUGACAAUAAUAGUCGGGACUAUUUACUGAACAUAGCUUUCAGCCAGAGUCCUGCUCAGUUCGACUGUCCUUCAGGUCAACAGGUCUUUGAAAACUGGGACUAUCUAGUUGAUUUGUUUUGGCAAGAGAGAGUGCUGUAUAAAAAAGAGAGUAAAAAAUAUGUUUCUGGUUUGUUUUCAAAUUGCACACGGUGGCUCUGCAUGCAGUAUAAGACUACGUAUGCCCUCCACUGACAUGACCACAGCCAGGUUAAGACUAGCUAAAGAUUGUACACCAGAUAAUGUGAUACAACCAAAGAGUGUUGGCGUCCAUUACUGAGUGUUACAGAAAAGAACCACACAAACCACCGCCAUAGAUUUUUCAACUAACCUGUUCUUGGGGAUUACUUUCUUCAUUCUCGAUUCGUUAAAAAAAUUAUCUGUCUGUUUCCAGUUGCAGUUGGUUCUACAAAAACCAUAAAUUCAGAAAGAUAUCAAUGUUUAAGUGAGAUAUGCCUCGUGGUGUGCUUAGACCUUUGUCACCUACUUAUACGUGUGGCCGUAGAAGUAGAAUCUACUAGUUCCUGUAAUAAUGCUGGGAAUGCUAGAUCUGCUAGUUCCUGUAAUAAUGCUGGGAAUGCUAGAUCUGCUAGUUCCUGUAAUAAUGCUGGGAAUGCUAGAUCUGCUAGUUCCUGUAAUAAUGCUGGGAAUGCUAGAUCUGCUAGUUCCUGUAAUAAUGCUGGGAAUGCUAGAUCUGCUAGUUCCUGUAAUAAUGCUGGGAAUGCUAGAUCUGCUAGUUCCUGUAAUAAUGCUGGGAAUGCUAGAUCUGCGGCAGCUAAGAUGUCGAGAUACCUCCUCAUGCCGUACAAUACUUGGAUGUAAUAUUUUUGAGUUUUUGCUGUUUUUUGUAGAACCACCUGUAACUGGAAACUGACAUUUUUCAGCUACUUUCGUUAUUCUCGAUUCUGUGAAAAAAGUAUUGCCAAUAACAGGUUUGUUGAAAAAUCUAUGGCGGCGGUUUGUAUGGGGCCUUCCUCUAACGCCCAGUAAUGGACACCAACAUUCUUUGGUUAUCACAUUCAGGCAUACAAUCUGUAGCUAGGUCUAGACAGUCUGUUCUCAGUGACAUUGUUUCCCCUGGCCUUUUCUGUGGACUUGGGCUCCCGAGUGGCUCAGCGGUCUAAGGCACUGCAUCUCCGUGCCAGAGGCGUCACUACAGACCCUGGUUCGAUUCCAGGCUGUAUCACAACCGGCCGUGAUUGGGAGUCCCAUAGGGCGGCGCACAAUUGGCCCAGCGUCGUCCGGGUUAGGGUUUGGCCGGGGUAGGCAGUCACUGUAAAUAAGAAUUUGUUCUUAACUGACUUGCCUAGUUAAAUAACAUAAAUUAUAUUGGAGGUCGACAAAAGCUGUGCUUGAUUUCUGUCUCAGACCGCUAUGACGGUGCAACGUAAAACGACACAUUUCCUCAGCUUGUGAGAAAGCCUGUGAGUGGGUACAUUUAAGGCUUGAGUAGGUAUGUCGCUGUGCCAAUGUUAAAAUCUGCUACUGUAAAUGCACUACAAAGACAUGAAGGCAGCUCAUGUUUCAGGAGUUUUAUUAUAAUUUGACUUGAACAGGUUCAUUAAUUUACAAUAACUGGCUAUGAUAGGUCAGAAACACUCCGCAUAGUGGACAUCUCAUUUUAAGACAAGGACGGCAUCAUUGGUGGCUCUUAAUGGUCUUUUUGAAAGUGGCUUUUAUGAAACCUGUUUGUGUUUUGUUAUUUGUUCAUCAUAACCUGAGCAGAUUUAAUUGAAUAAGCUAGUGUGAAUACUUUUGGUGAUAUUCUUUACAUUUAUAUUUCAUGCUUAUUUAGAGAUUUAAUUUCUCUAAAUAACCAAAUAGAUUGAAAAGACUGUGAAAAGGCUGUUUACACAGGCAGCCCAAUUAUUUAUUUCACUAAUUGGUCUUUUGACCAGUCAGAUCAGCUCUGUGAAAAUAUCUGAUGUGAUUGGUCAAAAAAAACUAUUAAUGGCAAAAAUAUCAACAAUAGGCUGCCUGUGUGGAAGCAGUGAACUUUUUUAGAUUUUGUUAUCGAGAAUGAAACUGUCGUAGUAUUGGUUAUAUGUUGACUUUCAAUAGUUGAAGACUGCUUGGUUUUUAGCUUUUGUAUUUGCGAAACUGUGCUGAAAAGUCUGUUAGAUACUGCUAUUUGAUACACAUAGUAUGUGUAUAAUACUUGGCUGGAGUUCAGUCAUUUGAAAUGUAGAAAUCCCCCCCAAAACAUUGCUAAUGAACAGCAAAAUGCACUUUUAAAUUGACAAAAUUCUGUACAAUUAUUGCAUUACCUAAUGAAAAUAUUGGCUGCACUCCAUAUUAUGUAUUUGUCAGACUGGUAGUUUUGUAUGGUACUAAUGAAUAAACUUUAAUAAAAGUUGUCAAAAUGCCU